CAUUUUUCUUCCUCUUUCUGUUACCUGGCUAAGGGGAGCAGCUGCUUUGGAGUUAACACUUAACCCCGAACCUUACACGAAAUCAUGGGCAAGGAAAAGACACACAUUAACAUCGUGGUCAUCGGCCACGUCGACUCCGGAAAGUCCACUACCACCGGUCAUUUGAUCUACAAAUGUGGCGGUAUCGACAAGAGAACCAUCGAGAAGUUCGAGAAGGAAGCUGCCGAGAUGGGCAAGGGUUCCUUCAAGUAUGCCUGGGUGUUGGACAAACUGAAGGCCGAGCGUGAGCGUGGUAUCACCAUCGAUAUCGCCCUCUGGAAAUUCGAGACCACCAAAUACUACGUCACCAUCAUUGAUGCCCCUGGACACAGAGACUUCAUCAAGAACAUGAUCACUGGUACAUCUCAGGCUGACUGCGCUGUCCUGAUUGUCGCUGGUGGUGUGGGUGAGUUUGAGGCCGGUAUCUCCAAGAACGGACAGACCCGUGAGCACGCCCUCCUGGCUUUCACCCUGGGAGUGAAGCAGCUUAUUGUUGGAGUCAACAAGAUGGACUCCACCGAGCCCCCAUACAGCCAGAAGCGUUUUGAGGAAAUCACCAAGGAAGUCAGCGCCUACAUCAAGAAGAUUGGUUACAACCCCGCUGCUGUUGCCUUUGUGCCCAUUUCUGGCUGGAACGGCGACAACAUGCUGGAGGCCAGCGAAAAGAUGCCCUGGUUCAAGGGAUGGAAGAUUGAGCGCAAGGAUGGCAACGCCAGCGGCACCACUCUCCUGGAGGCUCUGGAUGCCAUCAUCCCCCCUCAGCGCCCCACAGACAAACCCCUCCGUCUGCCCCUGCAGGACGUCUACAAAAUUGGAGGUAUUGGAACCGUACCCGUGGGUCGUGUCGAGACUGGUAUCCUGAAGCCUGGUAUGGUGGUGACCUUCGCCCCUGCUAACGUGACCACUGAGGUGAAGUCCGUGGAGAUGCACCACGAAUCUCUCCCCGAGGCUCUGCCCGGUGACAACGUUGGCUUCAACGUGAAGAACGUGUCUGUCAAGGACAUCCGUCGUGGCAACGUGGCUGGAGACAGCAAGAGCGACCCCCCACAGGAGGCUGGCAGCUUCGAUGCCCAGGUCAUCAUCCUGAACCACCCUGGUCAGAUCUCUCAGGGUUACGCCCCUGUGCUGGACUGCCACACUGCUCACAUUGCCUGCAAGUUCGCUGAGCUCAAGGAGAAGAUCGACCGUCGUUCUGGUAAGAAGCUUGAGGACAACCCCAAGAACCUGAAGUCUGGAGAUGCCGCCAUUGUUCAGAUGAUUCCCGGCAAGCCCAUGUGUGUGGAGAGCUUCGCUGAGUACCCUCCCCUUGGUCGCUUUGCUGUGCGUGACAUGAGGCAGACCGUUGCUGUUGGUGUCAUCAAGAAGGUUGAGAAGAAGGUUGGUGGUGCUGGCAAGGUCACAAAGUCUGCACAGAAGGCUGCCAAGGGAAAGUGAAUUUCUCUCCAACUAGCUGACGCUGCGGUUGUGGGGUAUUCGUCCCUUCAUCCCGGAGUUUUUCUAAACCUGGGCACUCUACUUAAGGACUGGCUCAUGCUGAUUAAAACCCAUCGGAAAAAUUUUCGCAGGAAAGGAAACCAACUUGGAAAAAGUCUCGUGGCUUCAAUAAUUGACUGAGUGCCUCUUUCAGUUGUUAAAAUUUAUUUGAAAUGGCUUAGAACUACCUUUAUGCCACAGUUAAAUUGGAAAAGAAGCUGCUGAUUUAAUAAAGAUCAACAAAAAAUGACA